AACCUCUCCACUGACCAGCGCCUAGAGAUGGAGCGCUCGCUUUUCCUGCUCUCUGUGUGGGCUCUGACCAGCAUCCUCGCUCUUCUGGUUGCAGCCGAGGAUUGUCCAGAGAGGAUUCUGGUUAAUGAGAGGAAACGCACCUGUCCGAAAAACUGCAAGCAAGACAAAGACUGCGGCUCUAAGCGCCAGUGUCUGUGUGACGGCCAAUGUGGACUCAGCUGUGUAGUGCCAAGCCGUACCUGUCCCUGGCCGAUGGCCCCUGGGAACCACUCCGAGGCCCACCUGCUCUCGCCCACGCCCUCCUUCUCUGCUCUCCUGGAAGUCCGAUGCCUCCCAGGAUACACCAUGUCCAAUGGCCUGGAUGCUGCCAUUCGCCGUUGCCAGGGUGACCGUCAGUGGAGUGGAGAUGAGCCUGUGUGCACAGCUCUCCCUUCACCGCCUCCCUUCGUGGUUGACGCUGGCCCUGUGCUGUCCUGUGAGCUGCAAGAGCCAGAUGUCAGCUUAGUCAUAGUGGAAGGAGAAGCAGCAGUAGGCGCCUCCGUGCGCUAUAGCUGCCCCACUGGAUACGUGUUGUUCGGCAACAGUGAGAAUUUCUGUCACUCUAACCAGACCUGGCACUACCCUCAUCCCAUCUGUCAGCGAAUGUUCUGCCCCCCUCCAGCGGAAGUAGAAAAUGGCUACCUUGUAGCGGUCCAAAGAAAGGAAUAUGAUGUGGGUGACACCAUCUAUUACUUAUGCAAGAAAACAUUUUCUCUAGAUGGGCCAAACCGUGUCACCUGUUUGUCAAAUGGAACCUGGAGUACAAUUCCAUUUUGCCGAGCCCGCUGUCAAAUCCCAGCUCAGCGUAGCAGGAUCAUAAUUGAUGGGCCCAAGCGCUGGCCGUAUGAUGUGACUGAUGGGGUCGUUCAGCACGGGGAAAAUGUGACAUUUUUCUGCAGACACCCACAGAAACAGUGUAGCUACACUGCCAUGGAAACAUGCUUUGAUGGACAGCUUCAAGCACCAAGCUGCUACAUGGAACCCACAUGGCUGCAGUACAAACUCUUCCCUCAUCGGCUUGUUUCAGAAAUUGAUUCGUGUAGCCCUGCUGAUCUUGCUGACCUGUGACAUAACAAGGAUCCUUUUGAUAUUGGUUUAUAUUGCCCAAAGUGUCCAGUUGUGCAAACAGAAAAUCAAUAUGUUUACCUGCCUCAUGUUUACCUGCCUCUCACAGUUGAAGAAAAUAAAAAAGAGAUCUAGGAUGGUGGGAGGGACAGCCCUCCUAAAAUAAGUUGAGAGGAUGAACAACAUGUCUCACUGAUUUUUACUCAGUAUUCCUGGAAUAAUAGUUUACUCCAUAUAAAUAUAAUCUAAAGUUGUUGUUACAACAAUGUCACCUGUUACCUCCAUUAAUGAUAUUUCUUUGAAUAUGUGUGGGUUUGGCAGUCUGAUUGCCUGUCAUCCUGUCUGACUUCUUAAUCACUUGUCUGAAAGUGAAUAAAGAUUUCUUUUGUUGCAUAGGCCUUUAAUAACCUACGACAACUCAAAUGCUUUGAGGCUAUGUUAAGUGUAGGUCUAUAGUUGUGGGGUCAAUUGGCCUUACAAGACUCUGUUAGUCUCUAACAAUGUUUUUUCACUGUUUUAUAGCCAAGGUUUGAUGUCUUCAUAUGCCUUGUUUUUACUCGUCUUACAUCGUAGCCUACACUACCCUCAAGGACUGUUUAUGUCUGUGAAUGAGACGCUUCAAGUUGGAAACUUGAGAAUGUUGUGUAUUGAUAUACUACUUUUGCAAUAAACAAUGAAGUCCAAAA